AUGAUCGCUGAAAAUAAAGUUGUUAUUAAAAGUGUUGACAUGACAGAAGAGAUGCAACAAGAUGUUGUUGACUGUGCAAGACAAGCAUUGGAAACAUGUUAUAUUGAGAAAGAUAUAGCAGCAUUUAUUAAACGGGAGUUUGAUAAACGAUUUGGAACAACUUGGCAUUGUAUUGUUGGAAGAAGCUUUGGAAGUUAUGUAACUCAUGAUAAUAUGGAUUCUGGAAUUUAG